UGCGCACAUCAAAAAAGAAAGCAGAUCCCGAGCUCUUGACAAUUUUAGCUAAACAGUUUGAUGGCGGGGAUUUUUAUAGUUUAGAUAAAGAUGUCCAAAGUUCCAGUACAGGUUAGUCCCUCCGCAAGCAACCACGGACCUUCAUCGUCAUCAUCCUCUUCAUCACCGCCGCCUUUGUCUUCUCCCGCCAACGCGCUGCACGCGCACACGGAGAAGCCGCAACACUACACAUAUCUGAAGGAGUUCAGGACGGAGCAGUGUCCUCUCUUCGUGCAGCACAAAUGCACCCAGCAUCGACCCUUCACCUGCUUCCACUGGCACUUCUUGAAUCAGAGACGCAGAAGGCCCAUCCGCAAACGGGACGGCUCGUUUAACUACAGCCCCGAUGUUUACUGCGUUAAGUACGAUGAGGGCACAGGCACCUGCCCCGACGGAGACGAAUGUCCUUUCCUGCACCGGACAGCUGGAGACACAGAGCGGCGCUACCACCUGCGCUAUUAUAAGACCGGCUCCUGUAUUCAUGAGACAGAUACGAAAGGCCACUGCAGUAAAAACGGCCCCCACUGUGCCUUUGCUCACGGCUCUCACGAUUUGCGGUGUCCCAUCUAUGAUAUCAGCAGGGAGGUCCAGGUUCUGGAGGCUCAGCCCGGAUCCAGUUUUAUGGACAGCGGAGUCGGGGAUGGACAGUCGGGAUUGGUGGCCAGCGCUGCUCUUAUAGAGAAGACGCUUAGUGAGGAGCCAAGAUGGCAGGAUAACACCUACGUGUUGACGCACUAUAAGACCGAGCUCUGUAAGAAGCCUCCUCGUCUGUGUCGCCAAGGUUACGCCUGCCCUUACUAUCACAACAGCAAAGACCGCAGGCGCUGCUCGCACAAGCACAAAUACAGGGCCUUGCCGUGCCCAUCGGUGAAGCACAGUGAUGAGUGGGGUGACCCGAGUAAGUGUGAGAGCGGCGAGAGCUGCCAGUACUGUCACACACGUACGGAGCAGCAGUUCCACCCCGAGAUCUACAAAUCCAGCAAAUGCAAUGAUAUGCAGCAGAGUGGCAGCUGCCCCAGAGGGCCUUUCUGUGCAUUCGCCCACAUCGAGAAAGCGAGUGUCAGCGAGGAUCAGCUUUUCCCAGAGUGCAGCUCUUCUCCCUCCUCAGCCCUUGCUUCAGCAAUCGCAGACAGCACAGAGCAAAGCCUUCUGGGAAGGAUAUUAUUUGAGGAGACCUCCAUUUUAGAUCCCCUCAAUUCCAUCUGGACAGUAGAAGGGGGUUAUGGGAAAGCGCCAGGCUUUGAGCGGGAGGAUCAGGCAAAACAGAAGACAUAUGCAAUGGAGCAUCGCAGUAAAGAAAGUGGUUUACAUAGCAAGCCGGAGCUGUCCGUGUUCUUGCCGGUGGGCAGCCCCCUCAGUCUGUCCUCCAGUGUGCCCUCCAGCCUGGCAGCGACUCCUCCCAGCCCCGCACCUUCAUCUAGCAUGAACGCCAACGCACUGCCUUUCUACCCCACCAGUGACACCGUGGAGUCUGUAGUAGAGUCUGCACUGGAUGAUCUAGACCUGAAUGCGUUUGGAGUGUCAGCUCUGGAGAAAAGUCUGGAGAGCAGCUCCAUGCCCAGCGUGGGACUUAUGCUAGGUGGAAGUCAGCUUCAGAGUUCGGCUCCUGUUAACAUCCCUGGAUCCCUCAGCAGCCCCUCCCCCUUCAGAUCCGCCUCUCCUUCUCCUCCAAUCAGAGCUCACGCUUCACCAUUUUUGUCUGCCCAGCUACCACCACCCACCCAAUCAGAGAGCAGCUUUUUGGGACCAUCUCAUAGUUCUUUAGGUCUAAAUGGAAUGAGCAGUAGUAUCUGGGAGCAUUUUCCCCUAGGCUGUUCUCCCGGGACCCCCCCAGCCCUGCUCUCCACUGGAACCAUGUUCUCCGAGGCCUCCCGUCUCAAACAGGAAGUGGAGGAGGCUCACAGGGUGCUAAAGCACUGGGACCACAGCUGGAGGCAGAUGUCUCAGUCGUGGGCGGUGCUAAAGGCUGAUGCCGAAGAGGCUCGGAUGCUGGCGGGCCGUUUGGGUUUGGAGGCAGAGAGAGCGCGUCAGGCUGAAGAGGAGGCACAGGAGCAGGUUGCGCUCCUGGAGGAGGCGCUGGAGAGCUUACGUAGUUCUGAUAACCCUCGACUGCAGCUUCACCAGCUCCAGCUGUUACACAAACUCCCUCUCAGCUCCAUCUGCAGUCUGCAAAGCCAGAUCUGCACCUGCUUACGGACUGUGGAACAGGCCGUGUACAGGAAGCAGAGGUUAUGUUGUGUGUCGUGUGAGGAGUUGGGCUCGGUGACGUUGCCGUGUCAGCAUGGUGUGUGUUGCGAACGUUGUGCUGCCUCGGCCGAAUGCCCCAUGUGCUCCGAGCAUCAGCAGAAUCUGAAUAUACCCCAGUCCUAAUCAACAGCCAUAUAACCUUGAAUCAUUCCUUACGCUUAGCACUGAAUGUUGCUUCGAGCUCGAUCAUCCUCCUCCUCCUCCUCCUGGAGAUUGAGUUAAUUCGCAUUACAAAGCCAACACUCCUUUAGCCAGGUGCAUCAAGCUUGAUCGUAGUCAGGAGGGAACGUAAAUUGGCACUGCAAGAACAAAUGCACCAAGCAGCUUAGUUACAGUGUAAAAUAAAUAAAUGUUUAGAUGAAGUUUACUCCUUGUAGCUAUUGUUUGAUGAUAAAUUCAUAUUAAAUUGGUUAAGGAACCCAGUCUCUAAACCCUCACACGAGACUCCAAAUAUCUGUUUGGUUUGUUUUAUUUACAUAAAAAUCUAUCUAAAUUGACCUUACAGUAAACAGACUUUAAUAUGCAUAAUGUUAUUAUUAUAUUCUUUUUAUGAUAUGGUUGUAUUUUUUUUUGAACAGCAGCUCUGACAUUAUUAUUCAAUUUAAAAGCACAGUUUUAAGGACUUGUAUGGCUUCACUGUGUAUUAACUGACAAUUAUCUUUUGUUUGUUUUGCUUUAAGAUCAGAUGCGGUUGAGGUUUUGGGUUUUUGAUCACAAAGUUCUUGAGCCCCAUCAUCACCAGGUCGCCACAGUUGGUCCUUGGUCCCAGUUAGAAAAAUAGAAGGGUUAUGACAGGAAAGCAAUCUGGCUUUAAAAAAAAAAAACUUUUGCGCCAGAUCUUGGAGAAUAAAUGAGAGGCAGUUAGGAAAUCACAGUUUAUUUGAAUUAAAGAUAUAUUUAAGACGCAAACUAAAUGUAAGCUUGACUGGUGCAUCUGGCUGUUUCUUUUUUUUAGUCAUGCGUUUUUACAUAGACCGUAUAAUUAUGUCGAUUUGAGGCUGAUGGCUUUGUAAGCUGGAUCUCCAGGAGAAGGUUUGAAAUGGUCGAGUGAAACUUUUUACCUCAGCUAUUAGUUCUCAAACACAGACGCUCCCUUAUUUUAAGAAACAAAUGCAGGCAAAACCGGACAAUAUUUGUUUAAAAUGCACUGUCAGAUCCACAAAAGUGACCCGACUGCACUGAGCUUUUAUCUCACUCUUAUCUGAUUUCUAUGCUUCAAACCUCUCGUCUUGUUCCAAAUAAUUUUCUUUUAUUAAUUGAGCUAAUGAUUAAUGAUAUACAUAUUUGUUAUGACGUGUCUUGCUUUUAUGGCAACGGACACGCUCCUAAGAGGCACGCCAUUUAAACCACACACCCUUAAAAAAAAAUUUGCGCUAGAGUACUCUUUUGUACCUUAAUUGUGUACUUUUCUACUUUCAUAUAGUGUAUAUUUAAAACGAAUAUCAUUUAUAUAUGAUGUUAAAAAAGUGGGGGGAAAAUGCUGUAAAGGUUUAAAGAUUAAAACGACAUAUUCGAGCUGUAGUAGUUUGUAAUGCAGACAACUAUCAACUUCAUAACUCUCGAAUCCUUUUUGAAAAUCUCCUUUGUCAAAGUUGGUCUCUUGCUGUCCUACGGAAUUUUUAUGGAGACGACCCCUUUGACAAGAGCAAUGUGCACAGAUGGAUGAAGUAGAUUAAAAAAGGGGGAAACCAGCAUUUAAGACAAUCCACGCAGUGUGAGACCAUCAACUGCAGCAGAGGAGAAGAUGAACUGAAGAGGAUUCGAGAGUCGUACAAAGGAAGAGUUACUCUACCAACAUGUGCAAUUCGAAUGACACAUCCCAGUUAAUAAGUUGCACAUACUUUUGCAUUACUUUCAAUACAGCUUUCAAACUUAAAACAAGUGCAACAAGGAAGGUACAAAAGGAAAUGUACUUUUUUUUUGGUACCCUUUCACUGAGAUACGAUGUCAAAUAGUCUCAUACAGUAGCUCUCCAUUUGUUUACGAUUUACAUCAAGCUUAGUGUUUUGGGUGCUGACAUUUAAUAUUGUCUGAAUUCUCAGUAUUAUUUGGAUAUUGCACAAUAAUAUUGUCUGUAGUGCUCCAUUAAUCAGUUUAUAUUCAAAUGUAUCAGACAAAAUGGAGACCAAAGCAGCUGACUUUACAUAUCAGUAUAAAUAACAUAUAAUUAAAAGGUAAUAGAAAUGUUUACUGGCAUAUAAAUCCAAAAAAUACUUCAGAUUUUUAUAUAUAUUAAAAAACAAACACUUUAUUUAGACAGGUUUUUUGUAGUAAAGAGUAAACAAUCGAUUUAAGAUCCAGCACAAGAACAAUGUGUAGUUUGAGUUCUUUUCAAUUACAAGUUCUUCCAUAUUCAGUUUAUUUCUCUGCUUUAAGUUUAUCAUCAGAUGAACACCGUGGGCUCAGACUCCACAGCACAGUUUAGCAUUGCGGCUCAUACUGUAUAACACACCCGGUGUAACCUAGAACCAAGCAGGAAAAUAGUGUGUGUUAGAUCUGAUCACAGAUCUGCUUCUCUUCGCCUCCUCUUAAUUAGUCACAUAUGGGUCUUGGCUAGUUUUUUUUUUUCGUUUCCAGAUGUAAAUGAGUAGUAGGAUUUUUUUUUUUUUUUUUUUUUUACUGAAUUUCGAUAUUGUCAUUAAAAGUUGUGGAAUGAUGGAAACAAAACUAUCAGCCAUAUGCAUGUCUCAUCAGCUCUGUCUUAUUUUAACUUGUAUCUCCAGUCCAUCUAUCUGCUUUUCUUUUACAACUAGAUGUCUGUGUAAAAACAAAAUUUGCCAGACGGACCAGGAUGUGUCAGAGUAACCAAUCGGACUAUGUGAUGGAGCUUGCGAUUAACAAUACAAUAUGAGAGUGUGAUACUGGGUGAAUGUUUAGCAUGCACAGAUACUGAGUACUGAUAUGAAACCAAUAUUUCUAUUUGAUUUUUUUAAGUAUAGAUUCAGAUUGUGUUGGGCGGGGUUUGGAUUACUAUUCAGAGGCCACUGUUUUUUGUUUAGCCGAAAAAGUAUUUACUGUUAAAUUCUUGUAGAUAAUAAUGGGAAAAUAUACAGAACAUUUUAACUCCAUUUUAAACUAAAGCAACUAUGCAGUACUCAUUUAUACAGGUCAAUAUUACAGUACAUAAAAAAUAUGAGGGGUGCUCAAGACUGGUGAGUAAAACCGGUUAACGUUUACAAAACACUUAAAACACAGUACGGUGAUGAGACUCCUAGCCGAGGUGGUUUGGAGCCCACUGCACUCGUUCCCUUGAACAUUUAGCGAGAGGAACGCCUGAUCAUUAAAAAUCAACAGAUAACUUGUCGCCAGCUUGCAGAAGAAACACGUGUCUGUGGAAAUUGUACACAUGAUUUUGGGGUUUUUACUCCCAUAAAGGUGUUCUGGUAUUCUGCACAACCUGGUUUGACUUGGAUGCCCCUCGUAUUAGUUAGUUUUAUAUAUUGACUGUCAUUUGUGAACAAUUACAAUAAUGAACAAUAAUGGUGGAAAUUAAAAGAUUAUAUUAUAUUAAAAUAUAGCACACAUAAUAUGACCAAUUUCUUUAAAAGCAAAAUAUUUCUAUUAUACCUUAAUAUUGGUCUGAAUAAAUAAUUUAUGAAAUAGUAUGUGUGCAGGUGCAGUGCCGGUGCUCAGAAGUUAAUAAUUUUCCAUUAUCAGUAUAUUUUAAAGGUUUUUUAUUUCUAUUUUAGAUUUUAUCAUUCUUAAGUGCUGUGGUAUAAAUAUCUUUGAUAAAAAGGAUUAAUUUAAUAUUCCCUGUUUAAAGCUAAAGGACAUUUGAUUAUUGGAUAUGCAGCCAUAGUAUUGGAAUCAUAUCAGUAUCAGGAGUAAUUAGUGCAUCUCUGUCUAGGAUUAUUUUCUGAUUUUAUGGAUAAUUUGUCUAUACAGAUGUGGGAUUUCAUUUGAUAAUGCUUUACACGUACAUGAAGCAGUAUCGCAUCAUUGAAGCUAUCUGAAGUUUUCUAGCUUUUGACUUGUUUUGGUAUUUUGUGUGGGCACGUGUCUAAUAGUGAAGUUUGAUUUUUUUCCGUCCUUUGUGUGUACUGACUUUGUGAUUUCAGUAUGGAAACACAGUGCACAGCCAUCAUGGAUAAACUGCUAUCGUGUCAGGAUGAGCGUAGUGAUGAUUAAGACCAGGUCUUGAUACACAUUCCUUGGUAAAGGGCUGUAACACAGUGUUUUCUGGUCAAUAAAGCUUCAUUCAGCUCAUCAGGAGAUCAGCAGCUGGUGACAUGAAUUAAGGCCAGGGUUGUGUUCGAAGGUCACUUACACUCGACUCAUUUUUAAGCUUUUCAGAUCAGAGCUUCACUGUGAGGUCUGUACUUGUCUGCUCAGAACCAUUCAGUAUUUCAUUCUGAUUUUCUACAAAAACAAUAAAUAAACGUAUAUUUUUUGACGAAAAAGUCUCAGUCGUUUGCAUAUUUAGAACAGGUACGCUUUAAUUUAAAAUAAAAAGAAACAUCAAUCUAUACAAAAAUAAAACCAUAAUGUCAAAUAAAGUCCAUAAUGUCACAGUUCCAUUAAUAUUCAGAUGAUUUAAUUAAAAUAUUAUUUAAAUGGUUCCAAGUCAUAGUCCUGGAGUAACAAUGUUCAUGCCUUCCAUGUUUCUUUAAUCAGUCAUUAAAAAAACAAAACAACAAAAAAAAAAAAAA